UCUCCCGGCGCGCGCAGUCUCGUCUCCAUGGCGACGCGGCGUCUAUGGCUCCUAGCUCCCAACACCAAGCCGACCAGGAGCUGGGCUAGCUUUCUGUGUCAACCCUUCAAAGCUGGUCGGCGUGAGAGGGCCACAGGCGAGUAACAGGCGCUUAUUCGACCACGGUCGCCCUCAUCAUCCAGGAGAGCAGCCUGACCCAGUCCUCACCUCGGACUCCCCCAAGCCCGGCGCCUGAGCUCGCAAACUUCUCUGCCUACUCCAGGUUCAGGCUCUGGCGCCCCAACGCAGCCGAGGCAGCGCGCGAGGAGGAAUCAUCUAGACAAGACAGAAGCUGUAAAGGCACCAAAAUAAGGACAGAAUGGCCAAUUGCUAGUGUUUGAUCCAAAGGAAAAAGUGAUGAUUGAACCAAAUGGAGCAAUGUCAGAAUGCAGACCAACAUUGGCAAGCAAACUUUAUACCUCACCAACACAAGUCUCUCUAAAUGUAGCGAAGACAGUCUCAGAAAAGACCUUUAGGAUGUUGACAACUCGUAGGUCUGGAGCGGGUUGUGGGAAUCAGUAAUUUUUCAGACUCAGGUGAAAUGAGCAAAAAUGUAGUCAUUACAGAGCAGGAGAAAAAUAAUGAAUAUUCCCCUGAGGAUACUGAUGACAAGUUGUCUGAAUCAACAGAUGAUGAUGGUGAGGAUGAUACCAAUGAUGAAGAUAAUGAGGAAGACAGUAACCCUAAUAAGGAUACUCAUGCCCCAUUAGAGUUAAUGACAGAAUUCCUGAGAUCAGAAAUGGGCCAAGACUACCAUUUGGCAAAAAAAUUAUGUCAGAAGAUCCUAAUCUAUGAACCAGAAAAUCCUGAGGCCAAGGAGUUUUCCUCACUUAUUGAAGAAAUGCUGCUGAUGGAGAAAGCUCAAAAUCUGGAGGAAGAUGAUGAAGAGAGUGAAGAGGACAGUAGUGGUGAGAGUGAAGGGGAGAGCAGUGAGGAUCCAAGUGAAGAAAGCUCUGAUGAAUGUGAAGAUGGGUGAUGACAGUUGCUGCUAUAGUUUAAUCUUCAUGUAUGUUCAUUACUGUAUACUAUGGAAAUAUAAAGAAGAGAGCUGCA